CACAGAGUAACAUAGACUGUGUCACUAAAAAUUCGAUAAUCAUCGAAAUGUUUAAAAAUUUCUUAAAGCUGCGUUCGGUAUUACCGAUUCUGGCGCUUUUAUUUCUUUUGGGAAUACUUCAAGUCGAAGGCAGAAAGCAACGUGUGUCCAAUGGUCAUGUACAUACAAAUUCACCAAGAAUAUACCACCUCGGAGUCGGCGUAAAAGUAUCCAAUGCAAGAGCAAACAGAGGAAACGAUUUCAUAUUCAUCGACGGGUACGACGACGGUAAUGGCUAUCAAAUCAUCUGCCUUGAACGAAUUAUUGGAAUGUCAUAUUGUCCAGAAGUGCCAAAUUAUGCGGAAGCUACACAAUUGGACAAGAUCGACCCCCAACAAUUCGAUCCGUUCAAAUCAUAUUUCCAGAAUGAUUUAAUACAAUCGGAAAACGUGACUAGUCGUGUGGUGGAUGAGACGGGGAAUUGCGUUACUAAGUCACGCGUAAUUUAUCCCCAGGGUGGCCUCACCAAAGAAUCCAAGUGGGUGCUGAUCGUGCAACAUGAGCAGCACAAGCAAGGAGUGCUAGUGAGCUGGUGUGAAAAGAUUGAGUUGCCUUGCAGACAUAAUUUGUUGUACGGCUAUUCGAGAUGUAAACAACGUUUCGUCUAUAAGAAAUUUGUGGUAUUGGUGAAUGGGGUGAUGAAGGAGGCGAUGAUUAAAUUACCGAUCUCCUGCGAAUGCGCUCUGGAAGCCGAUAUGGCUGAAAUAUAUAUUAAAUCUAAAGUUUAUAGUGAAUUUAUUUAAAUAUUGAUUUUAAUUU